AACACAGCCAACCACCCUUUCCCUUGCAACGGCCUAAAACCAACCAAAGUCUAUUGCUUUCCAUUCUUUUCUCUUUUCUUCAAUUCGGAAAGAGAGAAAAAAAGAGACCCAUUCAGCUCCACCCAAACCCAUUCUUCCUCUCCUUCUACCUCACCGUUUUCUUAAACAAAUUCAAGAUUCACACGCACCAUUUUCAUAGUUUUUGUAAUUUUUAUGUUCUGGUAUUGUGUUAAUUGAUUGAAUCUCAGAACCCAUGUGGCUUAGGCGAAGCAAAUCAAGGAUUCGACUGCACAACGCAUCGUCCCCCAAAUUCGCUUGCUCUUCCUUCAAAGAUUUACGGCUUCUACUCUCCGAAGAAGACAGCAAUUGCAGCAACAAUAAAAUCAGCACCGGUGACGGUGACAUUGCUCUUGAUUCAUCUACCCCAUACAUCAGGAAGCCCUCAAUUUGCCAUAGGGUUCGCAGCGCCAAUUUCCUCCUCCGGACCCUAUCUUUACAGUCAGACCAUCAGGAAUCCAAACCUUACCGGGAGGAGGUUCAGGUCCCGGUUCCGGUUCCGUCCCCAUUAUCAGAAAAUGUAGCUGCAGAUGUGAAAUCGGAGUCAGUGAUUAGGAUCCCGAGGGCAGAUAAUACUAUAGUGGUGUACUUUACAAGCCUGCGGGUUGUUCGCCACACAUAUGAGGACUGCAAGACCGUCCUAAUGAUCCUUGGUGCCUUCCAUGUGUUUGUUGACGAAAGGGAUGUUUCUAUGGACUCGGUUUACAUUGAUGAGCUGCAGAGGAUGUUUGGUGAAUCUGACAAGUCCAAAUUAACCCUCCCUCGAGUCUUCAUCGGCGGCCGGUACAUUGGGGGUGCUGAGGAGGUGCGGCAACUCCACGAGAGCGGCGAGCUCAAAAAGUACCUGCAGGGUCUUCUGCCGGCGGACGCAUGUGUGUGUGAGGCCUGUGGUGGGUACAGAUUCAUCCUUUGCCAAGAUUGCUAUGGAAGCCACAAGUAUUACAGCGAUAAAUAUGGCUUUAAGAGUUGUACUUCGUGCAAUGAGAAUGGUCUCGUCAGGUGCCCUUCUUGUUCUUGUGCAUCUUUCUGAAUCAUUGUUGAAUUACGACACUAUAUAAUUAUUAGUUAGGUUUAAAAUUAUGUAACAUUGAUUGGAAGAAAUGGUUUUGGAGAUGUUUAGUAGUUUUUCAUAUGUUCUUGCUGAUUUUACUUGCUAGAAAAUGAGAGGCAAGCCAAGUUAGGUCCAAAUGAUCCAUUUGGAAUGCUAAUGUUCAUUUGUUAACAUUGUUUCACAAUUUAGUUGUGUGUUGGAAACUCAAGCUUGGAAUAUGAGACGGGUUAGAGGGGUGAGGAAUCAUAAAUUGCUUUGUUAUUGUGGCUCAAAUGAGCCCUCAAAAGCUUGGUGCAAAUAAACGAAUUGUUCUCCA